UUUUUACUAGCUCCUUUAGAAAUAGAAGCACGCGGAGAAAAAGCACAGCUCGCUUAUCAAAGUGCUCUGAAAGAUGGAGCUGUUAAUGUUUACCGUGGUCGAGUAUUGCUUAUUGGGCAGGAUCGGGCAGGAAAAACAAGUUUAAAGAAGUCUCUCAUUGGUCUACCAUUUAAUCCAAAAGAAAAAAGUACUGAUGGAAUUGAAGUGGAUCCAUCAAAAUUUCGGUUGAACGUUGGUGAAGUCAGGAAUUGGAAACCUAUUGAUGAGAGAAAACAAGGACUGCUGGGAUGUUCGAGAGAUGUGGCACAGCUGAUGGUGGAAAAGAUGCUUGACAUUUCAGUUAACCGUGACUGGGUUCAGGAGGAGGAAAGAGGUGAAGAAAUACUUGAAAAUGAUGAUAACAAGAAUAGGAAACAAGUUGGUACUGAUGGAGCAAAGGAAGAAGUUUCUCUCGUAAAUGAGGUUUGUCUUUGUUGGUUGUGAAAUGUGACGUUUUUUCGUGAAUCCUUUGUUAACACAAGAACAUCUUAACAGUAGUUAUUAUGAAUUGAUUAUCGCCUUCAUAAGUUAGGUUUUAGUGAGAAACGCACCACGGUCUCCCAUUCUUUUGCUACAAUGUUCGUAUGAAAAAUAUGUACCAAUUGCCAGAUCGUUUUCUGGCAGGUUUGUGGUUAAGAAUUUAGGGUUUUUUUUAUUCUAGGAAGUUUAGUUCCGAGAGUAGAAUGCUACUACUAUCAGCCAUUUUGCUUUAUUUCCAUGGUUGUACCCAUCUACACGUAAGCUUAGCGUUUAGGUCAUUAGUGCGCGUCUGCAAACCAAAGUGAGUAUAGCCUUAAUAGCCGUAUCUUUAUUUAUAUUUUUAAGUGUCAUUUAGGCCUUGAGUAUAGGUUUCGCGUAUUUUGUUGUUAAUCACAAUUUCGGUAUCAAGUUGUUUUCUUUUUCUUUUUUAUGCGAGAGUAAAGCCAAGGGGCUGGGGGACUCAAUCAAACACUGUUUUUCUAUAUAUUCUUAAAUUCACUGUUCCUUAAAAACUGCAAUAAUCGUGCCUCAUAUCUUUUUUUUUUGAGCUUUUAAAGAAUGUUCUGUCAUCAAUGACAAAUUAAUAAUUGAGUGUUCAUUAUUCCAGUAAAAAGAACUCAUUAUUCGUAAUUCCGUUGAAAAAAUCCAUUGACUCCAUUAUUCCGCGCCACAAAAUGGCACUAAUCCAUUAUUCCAAAAAAACGUUUCGUCAUUCUUACUCUAUUUUUCCUCUUUACCCCCCAAAAUCGAACCAGAUAUGUUAAGUCUUUCAUUUUCAGAAUCAACAGUUAUUUUGUUGUUGUUUUUUCCUCGAACCUGCUACAGGUUGGUGAUCCAAACGAAGACAGUGAUAGUGAACUCACAUUAACAGGACCUGAUCAUGAGUUAGUGGUUGAUACUACUUCACCUCCAGAGGAGGUCAAGGAACGAGCUGAAAAUUUGGUAAAGUAUAUAAAAGGUAAAGGUGCUAAGGAAGAAUCUGUUAUCAGUAUUGAACUGUGGGAUUUUGCUGGACAACACCUGUAUUAUGCAUCCCAUCCUGUAUUUUUAUCAUCACGUGCGCUGUACAUCUUGGUGUGCAACCUCAGCAAGUCACUGCAUGACACAGCCAAGCCCUGUGUAAGACAAGGAUCUUGUAAUGUUGAUUUGGAAAACCCAAAUGGAGAAACAAAUCUCGAGAAUUUGUUGUCUUGGCUGUCCACAGUGCAUAGCGUCGCGCAGAUGAGAAGAGAAACCUGUGAUGAUGUAGAAAAAGAGGUGCCUCAUUUGCGCCCCCCAGUGAUCAUUGUAGGAACCCAUGCAGACAAACCAUUCGAAGACAUUAAAACAAUGAAAACAGAAAUCCAGAAGGCAAUUGCUGGUAAGGACUAUGAAGGACAUGUGCUGCGGCCUAUCUUCAGCAUUGACAACACUGCGAAAUUACUUCAGAGUAAGAUCAGAAAUGUUUUUACUGCGAAAGAUGAAAACAUUGAUGACAUCCAAGCUUUACAAGUCAAAAUCAUGGAAGUGCUAAGACAGGAGCCUUACAUUGGGGAGAGGAUACCUGUGAGGUAAAUAAUGGUUAUACCAGAAUGUUCAGAAUCCAUUAAAGUAAAUAUUAAAUAAUUUAUAUGUCAAGGGUUGAGCUGUGAACUCACUGAAAUUACUGUUUAUGUGGAUGGCGUUUGUUUCCGCCAAUCCUUGUAAGAUAUUUUUUUAUAUGUAAUGUGUUUCAGGUGUCAUCAGUUGACUGUGACGCUAUGUAAAAGCGUAAACGCAAAACAUCUAAAGGCUGUUUCAUUGUAGUCUUUUACUUUGAUUUAAAAAAUUACAUUGAGAACUCAAAAGUUCAUUGAUUCCUGUAUGAGCCACAUAAGAAAUGAAUAUCUCGUUGAUUGAAACAAGUUAACCAUGAAAAGCAGUUUUAACUGGUCUUAAGGAAUAUUCUGCCCUAAAGGGUUUGAUAACGUUAUUUCGAAUUGGCCGAAAAGAACUUUGUACAUUUCCGGUCAUUGUUUUAAAAAGGUAAAGUAAAGUGGAUCACGCACCCGUUCAAUCUCUAGUAAACUGCAUAACUGCACAGGGUCACAAAUUAGAACAUGGCCACCUUUAGUUCAGCUUAUUUAAGCUUAUAUUUAUCUCAUUUUAACUCUAGAAAGACCAUAAAUACUAACUAAUAAAGAAUAUACACGGCUUUUCACAUGCCAGCAGUCAUGUUUUGUAACGUAUGCAUGCUUCUAGCCCCGGUUGUUCAAACAAUGAAUCACUUUUAUGAGGAAAAAUAUCAGGAACCUUAAUGGCACUAUCCACUGGAUUUUGGAUAGAUAUUUAUCCAGUGGGAAGAGUUAUCCACGUUUCGCACUUCUGGGCUCUGCACUUUAGUCAGUACAGGUAUACUGUGUCGUCACAUGGAUACUUAACGUGCGCUAUCAAUUUUUUCCUUGGUUUAAUAAACUAGGUGGCUGAACUUUGAGAAUGUCAUCAACGCUUUGCUUUCCAAGCCAGUUUAUUACCUGAGUAUAACGAAGCUACGGACCCAUGUUAAGGAGAAUUGCUUCGUCGAUGAUGAGGAAGAGUUUACCACCAUGGUGAAUUUCUAUCAUGACCUGAGAAUAAUUAUCAAGCACCGUAGUACAGUCAUCUUGAGUGCCAUGUGGCUGAUAGACUUGUUCGGGCAGCUGAUCACUAUUCCAGAUUUUACGAAAAUGGUAAGAAACGCAAUUUAAACGUGCUUUUAAACUUGCAAUGGUUUAUAAUGGCCCCCAUUUUGGGUGACUUAACAGGUGUUGCAGGUCACCCCAACUAUCAUGUAAACGUGGUCAAAUUAAAAUAUUAUGUGGACUAACCUGAAAUCAGGCUCUAUUUUCGUUUCGCUUUGAAAAUUACAUUCUGGCGGGCAAGAGAGAAUGUAUGAGAACCGCUAAAAUUGGGCCUGAUCUCAGGUUAUAUGUGGACAGGCAAGUUACCCAACCUAAACAGGUUACCUAACCAGCCUGGGGUCCCCCACCUCCAAACACAAAAACGUCCAAACACAAAAACGGAAAACUCUAGAUCUUUUUCUUUGUUUGUUUACUUAAAAUAUUAAAUAAAAUAACCAAUAAUUUACAAGUGCAUUAAUUAACUGGCUUAAAAUUCUCCCUAAAUAUCAUUAUUUUAAAAUAGUUUUGUUAUUGUCCGUCACCUUAUUCCGUCUUAGGUUCCUAAGGUUGCAAAGCACUGGAAGGAAGUUGAAGAAAGCGGUGCUCUCCCCAUGGAACUGGUUGAUCGUGUGUUUUCCAACUUUCUCCUGAAGGGUGUUGCCAGGAAAGACAUUCUUGAUUUGAUGGAACAAUUUGGAUUAAUUGCAAAAUUUUCAUCUUCAAAGACAGGUGAAAAGUAUUUUGUUCCAUCUCAGCUCAAAGCGUCACCUGAUUCCCUUUGUUCCAUGGCGCCCACAAGGCUGGACCCUUGUCCCCUGUAUGUUUACUUUGUCAGCGGUUCUGUUCCCCAUGGUCUCUUCACUCGGCUUGUUUCUCGAUCUGUCCGUUGGUGUUCUGAAGCCGGUCCAUUUCAGCCCCCUACCCUGUACCAAAAUGGAGCGUGGUUUGUUAUUGGGAAGCAAACUUUUCAUGAUUUUGUUCUUAUUUGUAAGAAGCAGUUUAUUAAGUUUUUUAUCAAGCAAAGAAACCAACCUCACCAGAUCUCAGUAGAUGACACAAGUGAGGUGGCGGUACAGGUUCGUGAGUUUGUGGAGGCAACUUUGCAAGUUUUGUCACGUGAUCUCUAUAAAGGUGGAUUGCAGUAUCAUAUUCGGGUCGCCUGUCCGUAUUGUCAGCGGGAAAAAUGCUUAAGCCAUGAUCAGAUUGCAUGUUCUCAUGGAGAUUGUCUUCACCUCCUUGAGUCAAGACGAGGCGGUCCUCUGAUUUGCAAGAAGAAACCUGCAGAGGAGGUACUCACAGUUACUGGAGAAGAAAAGUGGUUCUCUCAAAUAGAAAGUAAGGUAGGUAGUAGUGAAAUGCGAUCUCCAGCACUCAUAUAGUUAAACUAAAAAGGCUUCAACAAAGUCCAUGGAUGUGCUUUGUUAAGGUUAUAGUAUGAGGUUUAACGUAUGCCUUUAUUUAUCCCACCACGGGCUCCACUGUGUAAGAGAAGGCUUUGUUGCUAUCAACUUAGCAAACAUUGGUACUUAAAAUCAAGUAAGUUGACAAGGUCAAUUGGCUACCAUGUAUUAAUAAUUGUUAUUGGUCUAAUAGGCAUAGCAGUUGGCAUACAAGUUUCUCUCAAGUCUUUUUUAAUGUACUGUUUUGCUUUGCUGUUGAGCAAUGAGUUUAUAGCAUCUAACGUGUUAACAUGUCUUGCAAACUUUCAUUCAAAAAGGUAGAACCCCCCAGAUGUAAAAUUUGUAUUUUAUAAUAUGCAAUUUUGGUUGCUAUGCAGGAAGCGUGUACUCAAUCAUCAUCAUCUGAUACUGCACAAGCUCGUCCAGAGCGUCUGGUACUAAGAGUUACCCUUCUCGCGAAUGAGUGGGGGUCGUUUAAGGGUGGCUUGUCAACAAUAAACAGGACUCUUGCCAUACAUUUGGCAAAAGACCCACACGUAGAAGUCACCAUUCUUGUACCUGAAUUUGAAUGUGGCGAAGAGGAUAAGAGAGCUGCCAAAAGUCGCAACAUUUCCAUCCGGGAAGCAGGACGCCUUCCUGCCUACAGUGAUCCUCUUGACUGGUUGAUCGUUCCCCCAGAAGACCUUGACAUUCAGGUUGUGAUCGGCCAUGGAGCAAAGCUUGGCAGACAAGCACAGAUUAUAAGAAAGUCUCAUUGCUGUAAGUGGGUGCAGGUUGUUCACACUGAGCCUGAAGAGCUGGCGAUGCAUAAGAACUAUCCAAGCGCCAUUGCCAAGGGAGAAGGGAAGAACAGAGCUGAAGUUGAACUUUGUCAAAUUGCAGACCUCGUUGUAGCCGUUGGACCCAAGUUGAAACACGCGAUCUCGUCGCAGCUGCGUUCAUCUCGUCGAGAAAUCUUUCAAUUAAUACCAGGUUCCUUUACAGAGUUUUCAGAUGUUGAGCAUUCUGAACAAGAGAAUGUAAAUUUCAAAGUGUUAACCUUCGGUCGCGGUGAUUUUGAAGACUUUAGUCUUAAAGGAUACGACAUUGCCGCUCGAUCCAUAGUUGAAUUGAAGGACAGUUCCUAUAGUCUUGUUUUCGUUGGUGCAUCCGAUGGAAGACAGGAUGAAGUCGCAGAAAUCCUACUCCAGACUGGCAUUUCAAAGAACCAGCUGAUUGUUAGAUCAUUUGUGAAAGACAAACAAAGAUUGAGAGAGUUGUUUUGUGAAGUCGACCUGGCCAUUAUGCCAUCAAGAACUGAGGGGUUUGGUUUGACAGCUUUGGAGGCCAUGUCAGCUGGUCUUCCCAUUUUGGUAAGUGGAAACUCUGGAUUUGGAAAAGCACUGCGUGGUCUUCCAAUGGGUGAGUCAUUUGUGAUUGACUCUGAUGACCCCAAGAAAUGGGCAAAGGCAAUUGCAGCCAUCCGUCAAAAAUCUAGGACACAGCGGCUUGAAGAAAUCCAAAGACUGAAAAGAAGUUAUGAUGAAAGAUUCAGUUGGGAGGGACAGUGCCAGGCCCUUGUUGACAGGAUGUGGAAGAUGGUCUAUGGUAAGAAAUCAAAUUUACCGAUAGGAAAGUAACAAUAAUAAUAAUAAUUUGUACUUGUAAAUGUUAAAAUGGAUAUCUUAUAAGGAUUAUCCUGAUUUGACCUUCAUCAUUCAUCGCUGUAUGUCCAUGGCUUCUGCAAUAGCGAGUGCAUAAAUAAAUUUUUUCUACAUUAUGUUUCGUGGUCCAUGUGCAUCGCUGAGGAAAUAUUGUCGUUAACCUUUUUAACCUUAAUGUUAGCGUUCACACUCUCCACACUGUUCUCCAUACAUAUCUUGUGUUACUGAUUAGGAGAAUUUGUUUAAUAAUCAAGAUCUUUUUCACCGGCUGAUCAAUUCCAUUCGUUAAAACGUUUAUGUAUAAUUUUAUAAUAUGUUGGCUACACUUGAAGGAAUUAACGAUAAAAGAAAGUUAAAAUCUAUAACAUUGCGAUACAUCAAAGUUAUUUGAUUUUUAUUCAUAUGCAGUGGCAAUGGUGCUGUUCUCUUGUAUAUAAAAAGAAAAUAACAAAAAGGCCCAGCCAAACUUUUGGCUGAUAAUUUGUCACAAGAAAUGAAAGGGGGGCUUCUGAGGUUGAAAUCUUUUUUUUUUUUUUGGAGAGUGACAUUUUUUUCUGUAAAUCAUCGCUUUUUUAACUUUACAGGUCUUGGAAAAACCAAAGACGAUGACGUUUCACAGAACGACUGUGAAAAGGACACUUCAACAGAGCCGAUAGCAGGUAGUGUCAUUGUUUGCUUUGUCAGUUGAACGAAAGACAAAAUUUAUUUUUGCAGUGGAGUGAGGUUAUUUUCUUCUGUUGAACCAGGGUACUUUCGAUUAUUGGGGUGCAUCUCCAAGUAAACUGACGUAAACUAAAUGUUUCCCUCUCCUGAUUACAGGCCAAACAAUUUAAAUUCACUGCUAAUUUUAAACUUUACAGGUGUUGAGAAAAAGCAAGAAGAUGACGUUCCACAAAAUGACUGUGAAAAGGAUGCUGCAACAGGACCGAUGGCAGGUAAUGUCUUUGUUUGCUUCGUCAAUCAAACCAAAGCCAAAAUAUAUUUUUGCAGUAGAGUGAGAUUAUUUAGUUCUUUGGAGACCACAGUAAUUUUUAAUUAAAUUGCCUGCUGUUUUGAUCUUCAGACCAGUGCACCAUCUCCUAUUAAACUGGCAUGAAAUAACCUCUAUCUUAUGUUAAGUUUUUUUUUAUCUUCUGUUAACAGGCGAACCCUUUUUUAUUGUACUUCAACAAAUUAUACGGGAAGCACGCAUAGAGUCCAGCAAAACUAAGCUGUCGCAGGCUUUGAAGAGGACUGCGUUGGAAAAAGGUUUUGCAAUUUCUGACAAUCAAGGAGGGGGAAACUGCAUGUUCUUUGCACUUUCAGAACAGCUUGACCUCAUCAAAGGAAUCAAAAUCUCCCAUAAUGAGUUACGCCGAACUGUUGUUCAACACCUUCGGGAAAACCCUAAGCUGGUAAGUACCUCAUUCUUUUUUAUUAUUUUUAGAGUGGACAUAUUUGCAGUAUACGCGCAUGGCCCGUCACAUGAUAGUAAACAAUUUAAUAGUGAACAUCCCUUCCCCUCUCUCUCCCCUCUCUUACACGUGUAACGGACACCUCCAUAAAACCUCCUAAACCUACUCCACCUCUCUAAAAGUGUUGGUCUCUGCCCUCCUUAAUUUUUUUUGACAUUUUUAAGGAGAGUCAGGGGGGGCUGGCAGCGAGGUCUGGAACCGAGUUUACAUGAUCGCCCCAGUUAAGAAAUUUGGCCGAGUGAGACUGAGUACCAUUUUCCUUCAAAGCAAAUAUCGCGGAGAAUGUAGACAUGGAGGGACGAUGAGGUUUUGCUCGGUUUUGAGUUUUCCCGCGUCCAAACAUCAAGAAAAGGUUUUCAAGAACAUUUUUCAUGGAAUUUUUGGACAUCAAGAAGCGUGAUGUAUGAACAGUUCAUGGGUGACUACACUUAUCGUGAUUCACACCUUCGGCAUCUUGGCAAGUUCAGUUAUUUAUAAGCUUCGUGAAUUUUCGAGCAACCAGCCUAGUCUCCAUCUCUUAUAUUUUUCCACCUACAGUGGUAUGAAGACCUCUCUUCCUUAUCCUAAACAUAUGCUACGAGCUCACUAUAUUAGUAUGAGUCUUGCAACAGUCAUAUAUGGGAGUGUUCAUUACACCAAUUUUCUACUUCGCUGUUCGUAAGUUUGUUUGCAAACCGAUAGCCACAAGAAAUAUUUAUGGGCGAAAAUACAGAAUACAGGGCCAAUUUAGUAAAAGCCAGGGUAAAUUUUCCAGUCUCUUUGCUUCAUAUAUACUGGGUCUGUCAGUAUAAGCUAUUUUUAAUAUCAGAAGGCUGGGAGGGUUUUACUGAACCUUUAAAACCUUCACUGGAAUAUCAUUGGAGUGAUAAUCAAAAAAUUUCCAACAACAGUACUGUAUUUAGUAGUUUUGUAUUAGAUAGUGACUUCGGUUUCAAGUAUUUCCUUGAAAUUGUUUGUACAAAAAUUACCCUGUAGUUCUGAAUUUUACUUGAAAUGAUUAUAAUGGUUUAGUGUGGGGACAAGCUAAGAGGCUUAUCCAGUUGCUAAUAAGAGUGAGUACAUCAGAGAGGGGUAUGCGAGAAAAUCCCUCAAAGGACUGAAGUACAGGAAACAGAAAAAAGAAAAUUGAAUGUUUUGCAAAGUUUAUAAAGAGAAUCAGAAGGAGCUUGAAAAAAUGUACAACCUCAGUUGUUUGUAUAAGCUAUGAAUUUGAUUUACAACAAAAACAAACAAGGUAAAAUUGAUUUUAUAUCAACCGACAAAAGAAGUUAUUGUCCCUUAAGCCCAAUCCCUUCAGCAGUUCUUUUUACUUGGCCUAGACAGGUAUGUGCUGCUGAUUCAGGGUGGUGACCAUUUCAUCCUUUAGAGUUUUGAACAAGGUGUCUGUUUGAGCUGUGAAGGUUGAUGAAGAGCAGUUUAUAGUUACAUUUUUGGUACCACUAUUUUUCCCCCAAGUUUUUCCAUGUUUCUAAGUUUAAAAGCUAACUUAAUUCUGCAUGCUAAAUGAAAUGAAUCAGAAUUAUAAAAUAAGUUCUCUUAGCUUAAAAAGGGUAGGGAAAUAAACAAUUUGUCCUACUAGGUGAUCUCACAUUUUAAAACCCUUUUACCACUUGUUGUAACAUCAAAGUCAGUGAACGUUUAUGUUCUCUGAAAAAGGUUUUUGCCUGCCUCAACACAAGUUUCCAAACUGUUAUUCAGUUGACUACAAAUAAAUAUAUUAUCUUAAUAAUAUGAUUUUACAUUUUUUUCCAAGGCAUCCUAUGGUGUUUUUCAUAUCCAGUUGGGAGGAUUUGAGAGGAUUUGAUUUCAUUAACUACAUUUAUAUAUAGCACAGACACAAACUAACCUGGCAGGUUGAGUGAUGUCCAAAGGUGUAAAAAAAUACAUGCAACUGUAUGGAAAAAACUGAUCGCAGUGGCCAAAAGAAAGGCAAAAAUAUAAAUGUCACCAUUUUCCUGAGUUAAUAAUUAUUCCUGAAGCAUUUUUAGCCAGAUGUGGUCCUUGUCAAAACAUGCAAAGUUGAAUAUUUAUUUUCUGAACCUAGCCAAUCCCAACUUUUUUAAACCGUAGUUUAGUUUUUGAAAUUCCAAACACAAAAUAUAAUUACCCUUUCAUUUGCUUAAGAUUCAUUUGUUAGAAACUACGGUAAAGUUUACAUUAAAUCACACAAAGAACGAAACUUUAACAUAUCAACAUGUGCAAAAUCAAUAGAGAAUGAAUUUAGCUUCUAGUACAUAAAGAAAUACAUGAACUACGAGAUUUGACCAUGCCACUCAAUCAUCCAACGCAACUCUGCCAGGAUAAGUUCACAAUCAAGGAUGUAAAAUUAAGAAUCUCAAUCAUCAUUUCUUUUCGUCUUAAAGCUGUAGUAGAACCGUAAACAACUCUGACAACUCUUCUACUCGACCCAGCCACCGCACUUUUUUUUAAUACUGCGAAGAAUUAAUUUUGGGCCUUUCACUUGAAAAUAUAAAUUCUUCUACAUACGUAUUGGAGGGCUGGCCCUUCUUUUAGUCUUGUGGGUCUUCUAAACAGAAACACAUAGUCAACAGGUCGGACAUCGAGGAACAUGUUCACUAGUCUUCUUCUUCGUUCUUAGCGUAGUAAACCGCAUGUAAUGACAAACGCAAGCCCAGAAGAAAGGAAAACGUAAGCUCCACAUUACCGCGGAAAAAAAUUGGAUACGGCAAAGUCGAAAGAAAGCAAUUACCAACAGGACUAAAAUUGUAAACGCGAAUUCACUUUACACUGUCGAAUCGCUGCGAAGAUGAGCUUCUUGUUGUUUUUCCCAGCCCGUUCGCGCAUGCUCGCUACAGUUUUCGAAUGAUUGACAGAUUUCUUAACUGGGGCGAUCAUGGAAAGCCGAAAAGUGGCAAGAUCAAAGGCCGUUGCCAGCCCCCCCUGAGGAGAGUAGUCUAGGGUGCACAGGUCAGACCGCUUUUUUGUUGUGGAACCUCAUUAGUAUGAAGUGGAAUAAAUAACUAUAUCUCUGUCUCGCGGUGAAUAAAAUGCGGUUGAAUCUCAUUAACACAACGCCACGAGCUAUUUUAUGAAGUAUUCAGUACAUCCAUUUAUGUAACUUGUAGGGAUCAUGCCCUUAUAUUGUGAGAAUGAUGUCAUAUAUUUGUCCAAAUUAUGUCUUUUUUGGUCAUGAAGACACCUGUGACUUAAAAUCACUGAACCACGAUGCCCUCAUUGUCCAUUGCAGACAUCUUGGGCUGUCUUCACACUAUAUGGUAUAGCUUUAUAGCUUUACGAAAAUCAUACCGGAUGGGGUUUCAGUUCACACAUGAGAACGGUGAUUUCGGCGCGAUUUCUUUAACGCGCCGAUGCAGCUGUCCCUUUCGUAAACGGCCGCUGCAAUUUUUCAGACACUAAGAAAAUUUUUGAUCUGUUAUUCAGAGUGUUUCUAUAAAAAAGAAAGAAAAUCGCAACCCAAGGUCAAACCCGGACCUUUGGUAUCCUAAUCUCUCUCCCUUACCACUAGACUACCCCACCGACCCGCCAAAAUGCCGAAAAAAGUUAAGUACAAACACUGACAAACUGUCUUUCUUAACUGUUACAUCAAUAACAGGUGACCCUAGCCCUUUCCAUAAAUUUUAACGAAAAUUCAACUUAGCUCCAACGCCGUUUUCUAGCACUAUUCAAAAACGUAUUAUUUGCCUUUUUGUAACUAAAUCCAGGGAAUAUAUUACAUCUAUCAUGACUAAAGGCUUGGAUACUAAUGCUGGCGUCGACCGUCGAAAUUACGAAAGGGAAUGAGGCCGCGCCGAUUUCUAAAGUUGAGGGUCACAUAUCGCAUAUAUGUUCACACUAUACUGGAUGGCUUUUCGUGUCGUCACCAAAGCUUAUCUGGUAUAGUGUGAACGUAGCCAUAUUGUUCUGGUUCCGGUUCACUGAUUCUUGGCGCGCGAAGGAGAUAAACUGAGACGUCAUCGACGUUAAUAUAUUCCACUUUAAAAAAAGACGUCUAACUGGUGUGUCCUUAAUACUACUGAGGUGGACAUAUUAUUUCUAGUGCCGAUACUAAUGGUGUCGUCUUAGAGAGAGCUGACAGCCCAGCUGCCUGAAUAUAUACCUUCUACAAAAGUUCUCUACCUUUUUCUCUAUUAACUACAGUAUUUUCUUUUUUUCUUACAGCCGGAUGGGACAGAACUGUUUCAUUUUGUUGAUGGAUAUCCAUCUUGGGAUGCCUACCUCACAAGUAUGAUGGCAGAUGGUACAUGGGGUGAUCACGUUGUUCUACACGGCGCGGCAAACUGUUUUCGAACGUGCAUCCAUGUGAUUAGCAGUCUUCCACAUCGCUAUGACGUAAUGGUCUGCCCAGAGUUUGAUGUUACUAGUAGCAACCGGCUGGUGCUGGGUCACUUGCACGAGCUUCACUAUGUUAGCCUUAUUCCACAGAUAGGAGGUAAAGAUGUCUGA